AUGCUUAGCUUUUGGGGUAUCACCAAGCCUUUACUGGCCAGUUGGUCUUGGAGGAACCUGGUUAAGCUAAGAGACAGGGUUAGUGAUUGCUACUGUUAUAAGCUAGGAGAAGGUAAUAUUUCUUUCUGGUAUGAUCCUUGGCUAGAUGGAAGGGCCAUAAAGGAUAUCUUCCCUGAGAUCAAUCCUAUUGACAGUGAUGUUCCUAGGAAUGCAAAGGUUAAUGAUUUCUUUAGAAGAGGGCAGUGGUGUCUGCCUUUACCUAUGGAUGAUAGUACAGAAGAGGCAUGGGACUGUAUCACUUCAAACUACAAAAUUGUGGAAGAGCAAAAAGAUUGUAUUAGUAGAGAAGCAGUCUGUUUCUUGGUGGAGAAGUUUGUGGAAGGAUGCAAUGUGGAAACAGUAGAGCAUAUCUUCUUUGACUGUCCUGUUUCUAAAAGUAUUCUGAGAGAUGUGCUCAAAGCUUGCUGUAUUAAUAGAGAUGUUUGCAGCUGGAGAGGAGAGUGCUCUUGGUUUAGUAUGAAAGCUGUGGGAAGAGGCUGCCUGGCUAAGGUCAUAAGGACUGCUUUCAUUUCUACAAUCUACAACAUAUGGAGAGGUAAGAAUUGCAUUGUGUUUGAUAAUACUGUGGUGGAUGCGGUGAUGAUUAAGAGCUGGAUCAGGUUUGAUGUUAUGCUAAAGAUGUAUGGUUAUAGGAAUAGCUCAGAUAGUUUUAUGUGUAUAUAUCAGAAUUGGUAUAGAUUCUGUAAUUAG